CUCUUUGUUUAUUAUCUUUUGCCCUUGUGUUUUGUUGGGACUACAUCCCUUGCAUUCCCUUGCCAUGGGGAAUGGCAAGUCAAAGGAGGAAACAGUCAAAGAGAAGGCCAGAGAGUGGCAGAGACAGAUUCGUGGCGAGUCGCGCCGAAUAGACCGUGAUGUGUCCAGAAUGCGCCAAGAAGAAGAGAAACUCAAGAAGGAAAUCAAGACCAUGGCUGAAAAGGGCCAGGCCGCAAGUGUCAAAACUUUGGCUCGGCAAGUUGUGCGUUCCAGAAAGGCAGUAGCGCGGCUGGAAAGGACCAAAUGUUCCAUGUCAGCUGUCAACUUGCAUCUCACCACUGCCGUGGCAUCAAUGUCGACAGCGAGUGCUUUGAAGAUGUCGUCUGGUGUGAUGAAGGAGAUGAACAGGCUGAUGAAUGUUCCAGAGCUUCAACGGACAAUGGAGGAGAUGAGGCAAGAGAUGAUGCGUGCAGAGAUAGCUGAUGAGAUGAUGGAAGAAGGCUUCCAAGAAUCAGAUGAUGAGACUGAGAUCGACUCCGCUGUUGCCAGAGUUUACGAGGAGCUCGCCCUUGACAAGUCGCAAUUGAUGGAUACAGGAGCCGCUGCUACUCCAGCACCUGUGGCCACACCAGUACCUGAAACCACAGAGGAUCCUUUGAUGAAGCGCUUGCAAGAGCUACAAAGGUGAAUCUCGACCUGGAAAUGCUGCUCUUUUGAACGGCACAGAAGGGCGUCGUAUCUUUUGCUGGGCAUGUGCAGCAUGCCAGCUUUUUGCCAGAAGCUUUGCACUUGCACAUGUACAGAGUGAGAGCUUUGAGAGCACCUUACUGCCGUCUUUGCUCAAGUGAUAUGUGUGAGCGAGAUCGGGGAGAUGUAGCCGCAGUGCGAAGGAGCACAAAGGAGCCACGGAGAUCACUUUCAACGACUCAACGUAUUUCAGCUGUGGCAUUUGAUCGACCGGACUGCCCGUUUGGCUUCAAAUUUCUUCACAUCGGAAACUCCAAGAUGGACCAGGUUUGCUGCCCCAGUGCCAAUAUGGCAUGCCCAGGAUGUGUGGAUUUGCAAGGAUCUACUUGCGAUCGAUGCGACACUGGGCUCGUCAAGUCGCAGGGUCGAGGCACAUGUGUCAUUGGCAGCGAUGUGGAAGGCUGGGAAGAUCCAAGCGGAUUUGGGUGCUCUCAUUGUGAGUCUAAAGGGUGGUGCAAAGACGGUGCGCCCACACCAGCCGGCGAACACAAAUUCAAGCAAAAGCUCAUAUGUGCCUUUAGCUGGAAGACCAGAUGAAUGGAUUGCACUGUUUUAUUUGUUUCGCAUGUUACCUUGUCUUUUUAGUAGUAGGUUGAACAAGGUUCCUCGACGGAGCACCACACAAGUUUGCGCCUAUACAUUAUACAGGUGCAUGGAUAGUCCGGGCCGGUCCGGGCGGGCCGGGCCACCGCGGGCCGGGCCACUGCGGGUCGGUCCGGGCGGUCCGGGCCGGUCCACUGCGGUCCUUCCAUUUGUAUAGGUCCUUUGUGGAAUCCACCAAACCACACCUCAAAUCCACCGCCCCGGCGUGGCGUAAGGAGACCACCUGACGCAGUGGG